AACUUUGUAAGCAAUUUUACUUAACUUAAGUAACUUAUUGACCCGACCUUGUACAACUGCAUCCUAAAGUGGCUUUAAAAGAACAGGUAAAAUCUUAAAACACGGUAAUUAUUUCAAAAUGGCCGCGCAUCGGAAUGCGUGAGUCUAACAGUUAUAUUUCUUUGAUUUUUUUCAAGAAAAAUCACCAAAAAACGAUUUUCAAGUAAUAUUAACGUGUUUCGAGUUUUUUCGGGAGUGUUUUGUUUUCUUUCGGCAGCGUUUUGUUUGAAAGAAGCGGUGAUUUCAAUAGUGGGUUAAAGGUUUUGUUUUUUUUGUUGUUGAAAAAUGUUGGUUUUUGGCGAUAUUUUGGUUAAACUUUAGUUAUGAAAAAAGGUUGAUGCGGUUGUGCAGUUUAGUAAUAUGUCUCAUCGAGAUUUUACUGAGGUGGAGCCUGAGGGCACAUCUGAACUACCGGCGGCAAGCCGAACCUUAUUCCUGGAAAAAGUUAGGCAGUCAAACGCCGCAUGUCAAAAUGGGGAUUUUUCUACAGCUGUUGCUUUAUACACCGACGCAUUGCAGCUGGACCCAACCAAUCACAUUUUAUACUCCAACAGAUCAGCUGCGAAGCUAAAGCAAGGGCUUUUCGCCCAGGCUCUACAAGAUGCUGUUACAGCUAGGGAUCUGUGCCCUACGUGGCCCAAAGCAUAUUAUAGACAAGGGGUAGCUUUACAAUGCAUGGGUCGCCAUGGCGACGCCUUGGCAGCCUUUAGUCAAGGUUUAGCACAAGAUUCAACCUCAAAACAGCUUUUGUCAGGCCUUGUGGAAGCCUCUAUUAAGUCACCUCUAAGGCACAACUUGGAACCUACUUUUCAGCAGCUAGAAAUCAUGAAGUUGGAUUCCAGUCCUUUCGUGUUAAUAUCCGUAGUCGGUCAGGAAUUAUUGGCGGCCGGGUUGUAUCACAGCGCAGUCACAGUGUUAGAAUCGGCGUUAAGAAUAGGUUCGUGCUCUUUAAAACUACGCGGGUCAGUUUUUAGCGCGUUAAGUUCAGCGCAUUGGGCUUUAAAUCAAUUGGAUAAAGCGAUAGGUUACAUGCAGCAAGAUCUAGCCAUAGCAAAAAGCCUAGGGGACACUCCUGGCGAAUGCAGGGCUCACGGUAAUCUAGGUUCCGCCUAUUUCAGUCAAGGUUCCUACAAAGAAGCUCUGACAGCGCACAGAUAUCAAUUGGUUUUAGCAAUGAAAUGCAAGGAUACUCAAGCGGCUGCAGCAGCUUUGACGUCGUUGGGACACGUUUAUACAGCAAUAGGGGAUUACCCCAAUGCAUUAGCGUCACAUAAACAGUGCGUCCAGUUGGUGAAGCAAAUGGGUGAUAGGCUACAGGAAGCCAGAGAAAUAGGUAAUGUUGGGGCUGUUUAUUUGGCAAUGGGUGAUUUUGACUCAGCAGUUGAUUGUCAUACACAGCAUCUUAGAAUUGCUAGGAGAUUAGGAAACCAGGUUGAAGAAGCCAGAGCUUAUAGUAACUUAGGCUCAAGUCACCAUUACAAGAGGAAUUUUGCGCAAGCCAUAGUGUAUCACGAAAAAGUUUUAAGAUUAGCGCAAGCUAUAGGCGAUAAAUCUGUAGAAUCUCGGGCAUAUGCCGGCCUUGGUCAUGCCGCUAGAUGUGCUGGAGACUACAUACAAUCCAAACAAUGGCACGAAAGACAGCUUGAUGUAGCUCUAUCAACAAGAGACAAAAUCGGCGAAGGUAGAGCCUGCUCAAACCUAGGAAUUGUGUAUCAGUUAUUAGGUGAAUAUGACGCCGCUCUAAAACUCCACCAAGCCCACUUAUCCAUCGCGAGAAAUCUUCAAGACAGGGCCGGCAUGGGUAGAGCAUAUGGCAACAUUGGAAACGCUUAUUCCGCGGCUGGUUUCUACGAAUCCGCCAUUAAAUACCACAAGCAAGAAUUAACUAUAAGUAAAGAAGUGCACGAUCGUAGCUCUGAGGCUAGUACGCAUGGCAAUUUAGCGGUUGCCUAUCAAGCCCUGGGGGCGCACGAUAUGGCGUUGUUGCAUUAUAGGGCGCAUUUAGGUAUAGCAAGAGAAUUGAAAGAUACAGCUGGUGAAGCUUGUGCACUAUUAAACUUGGCGAACUGUCUGAGCUCUAGAUCCGAGUUUAACGAAGCAGUUCCAUACUAUGAGCAAUAUUUAAUGUUAUCGCAAGAAUUAUCAGAUGUUGAAGGUGAAGCCAAAGCCUGUCAUUUCUUAGGUUAUGUACAUUAUUGCAUCGGUAACUAUAGGGAAGCAGUAAGGUAUUAUGACCAAGAUUUGGCCUUAGCUAAGGAUUUACAAGACAAAAUGAAUAUGGGGAGAGCUUACUGCAAUUUAGGACUGGCACAUUUAGCGUUAGGACAGCUGGAGACAUCUUUGGAGUGUCAAAAAUAUUUUUUAGCUAUUGCACAUAUGAUUAACAACUCCUCAGGCAAAUUUAGAGCACUAGGAAACAUAGGAGACGUACUUAUAAAGAUGGACGAAAUUGAUGAAGCCAUUAAGAUGUACCACAGACAAUUAGCCUUGGCAAGAACAAACAGAGAUCGUGCAAUGGAGGCGGCAGCUUGUGGGUCUCUCGGAAUAGCCCAUAGAUUACUUAAAAGGCUCGAUAAAGCUCUGGGCUUCCAUACGCAAGAGUUGACGUUGUGUCAGGAAAUGUCUGAACUCGCUGGCGAGUGUAAAGCCCAUGGGAAUCUAGGUGUAGUGCAUAUGGCGUUGGGAAACUACACACACGCCGUCAAAUGCUACCAAGAACAACUCGAAAGAGCACAAGAAUUGCAAGAUUGUGCCGUUGAAGCUCAAGCCUAUGGAAAUUUGGGUAUUGCAAGAUUAAACAUGGGCCAUUACGAGGACGCUAUAGGCUAUUUCGAACAGCAAUUAGCAACUUUAGAGCGACUUAACACAGCUACAGCCCAACUGGACAAAGGUCGUGCUUUUGGUAGCCUGGGCGACUGUUACGACGCUCUAGGGGACCCAGAAGAGGCUUCCAAAUGUCACGAACAAUAUUUGGCUAUUAGCUUGAAGCUAAAAAGUGCUAGGGAUCAAGAAAGGGCGUAUAGGGGCUUGGGACAAAGUCAAAAUUACAUGGGGAAUUUGCAGCAAGCUUUAGUGUGUUUGGAGAAGAGGUUGGUUGUUUCACAUGAGUUGGGAAACCCUGAAGCUAAAGCUGCAGCUUAUGGUGAAUUGGGGCAGCUGCAUGCUACGUUGGGAAAUUUGGAACAAGCCGUAUCUUGUUUUGAUCAUCAAAGAAACAUCGCAAGAGAUUUGAAUGAUAAAAUAAUGGAGUCAGACGCUCUCGGCGGUUUGGGGAACGUCUACCAUCAAAUGGGUGAGUACGCUACGGCUUUGCGAUACCAUCAAAAUGACUUGGAGGUCGCGGAACAGUUAGGCAUGGCAAAUCUGCAAAGUAGAGCCUUGGGUAACUUGGGUUCGGUGUAUGAAGCCCUGGGAAACUACGAACAAGCCGUAAGGUACCAAGAACAACACCUACAGAUAGCUGCGACCACAAACGACCAAUUAGCGAAAACUUUGGCGUAUAGUUCGUUGGGUAGAGUGCAUCAACUUUUGGGUAAUAGGCAGCAAGCUGUGGCGUACUUAACUCAAGGUUUGUGCAUCGCUGAAGCCUUAGGAAGACGGGAAGAAGAGGCAAGAAUAAGAAACAGACUGGGUCUUGCUUUAUGGUCUAACGGCGAUUUAGAAGGUUCCCAAAAACAACUUGAAGUAGCCACACAUUUACUAGAAAAUAUACGACGCGAAACAAGAAAUACGUCGGAAUACAAAUUAUCACUAUUCGAGCUACAAUCGUCGAGUUACCAGGUUUUACAGCGGGUUCUGAUAGGUCUAAAUCGGUCAGAAGAAGCCUUAUUGGUAGCGGAAAGAGGCCGCAACAGAGCGUUUGUAGAUUUACUGCUGGAAAGACAAGGUAUGACCGAAAUAAAAAGCAAACACAAAAAUUGCAAAAUAGACGAUGUUACACCGAAUAAUAUCGACCAAAUCAAGGAUAUUGUUAAUAGACAACGCGCGUCAGUGAUAUAUUACAGCAUAGCUGCGGGAUUUUUGUAUGGAUGGUUGAUAACACCCACAAAAGGUGUUGUCAAAUUUCAUUCGGUUUCCCUGAUGGAUUCCGAAUCCGACGGUAAUGAUGGUACAGAUCCUAUACCAUCCGGCACAGGGUUGCUGGAAAAAUUGGUGAAUUCGGUCAGGGAUAGUUUGGGGUUGGAGAUAUCGCCCUGCACAACGAUUAAUGAGGAUCAGUACUCUGAUGAGACUUUGUCUGAAAGAACAGGGUUCUUACGAAUGGUAAAUCGGCAACAUUUAAUGAACUCCAGCAAUUACUCCUUGAGUUCGUUGUUUUCGCUGGGGAGCGUAGGGGGGUCGGUGGCCUCUCUACAGGGCAGCACAAGAUCUAGCGCUAGUAUACAAGGUUCUACCAGAGUGACAAAGCGUCAGACAUGGAAAGGUCCUACAUGUCUGCAUGCUCUUUACACGAUGCUUUUACAACCGUUUGAAGAGUAUUUACCGGUUAAGGGGGGUUCGUCAAAGGAAAAUUCUGGGAAAAGGGAGCUUAUUUUGGUGUUGGAAAGCGAUUUGUUUUUGGUACCGUUUCCCGUACUGAGAUCAUCGAACGAAUCCUCUGAAUAUUUAUGUGAGAGAUUUUCUUUGAUGGUUGUGCCGAAUUUGUCGUCUCUAAGAAGCAAUAGGAUGAGAAAAGGCGAGCAAAGGGAUCAAAACGUUAAGAGUCUUAUUGUUGGGAACCCCAAAUUGCCCAACACAGUGACUGAACAUUGGGGAUGGAGAGAUAUACCACAGGCUGAACAUGAGGCUACAAUGAUAGCUGAACUAUUACAAACGCAAGUUUUGGUGGGAACUAACGCUACGAAAGAACAAGUUUUAAACCAAAUACAAGAAGCAGAGUGUGUUCACUUUGCUACACAUGUUUCUUGGAAACUUUCGUCUUUGGUACUCUGUCCUGCAGAGGUGUUGGAUCAAAGCCAAAAUAAAAGAUUGUACAUCACGGACUCAAAUGAAGACGACGAGGGUAGUGAGGUUGAAACCUCAAGUGCUGAAAUUCCACCUUUAUCGGAAUUUUUACUUAGUGCUGCAGAUAUAUUAUCGUUGAAGUUAUCAGCUAGAUUGGUUGUGGUGAGUUCCUCUCAUACUAGGGAUUCACAGGGUUGGGCCACUUCGGAUGGUCUAGUAGCCUUAGUGAGAGCCUUAUUGGCCGCCGGGGCCCAGGCCGUCUUAGUUUCGCUAUGGCCCGUACCAGAUACGGCCACCAAAAUACUUCUUCGAGCAUUUUAUUCCGCCAUGUUACAAGGGACUAGAGCAGCAAGGGCUUUGGCAGAGGCAAUGCAAACAGUGCAGCACACGAAGCAUUUCGCGCAUCCUGCCAAUUGGGCAGGUUUCGUAUUGAUAGGGCUGAAUGUCAGGUUGAGUAAUAAGGUCGCUUUAAUGGGACAGGCGUUAUGUGAACUUCUACAAGUUCCCGAAAAAUGUAGGGAUGCUCUUAGAGUUACUCUGCAUUUAGUGGAAAAAAGUUUGCAGAGGAUUCACAGAGGACAGAAGAACGCUAUGUAUACCACACAAAAAUCCAUUGAAAAUAAGGUUGGAUCGGUAGUUGGCUGGAAAGAGCUGCUGAUGUCUGUUGGAUUCAGAUUCGAGCCAGCUUCCAAUGGUAUACCGAGUAGUGUCUUCUUCCCUCAGUCGGAUCCAGAUGAGAGGUUAACGCAGUGUUCGGCUAGUCUACAGGCUCUGUUAGGACUAACGUCCACAUCGAUAUACGCCCUGUCCAAACUAACAUCCAACGCUGAUGUUGCCGACGAUAUCAUAGCAGUGAUACAGUCGGCUUUGUCGCAAUUUUCAUCCAAAAACAUCGAUAGUGAUAGUGUGGAUGUGAUGCUCAACGUCAGGUUAUGGAGGGUACCAGGUUGUCAUGAACUUUUGGCCUCACUAGGUUUUGACCUUAUUGACGUGGGUCAAGACAUGGUGACAUUACGAACGGGUAAACAGGCGAACAGAAGGAACAUACAGUUCACUCUGCAAGCGUUGUUAGCAUUAUUUGACACCCAGGAGGCGCCAAAAAGCCUGACGAUAGACUCCUCGAGCAGCCUGGAAUCUCUCGCCUCGGUUGAUAACGAUUUCUCGCAUUCCGACAACGAGUUGAACAUGGUGGCAUCCACGCCCAACAUAACCAACAAACCUGUGCCGAAAAUACCGCCGCCGUUUACGCGCGCAGUGCUGCCAAAACAACGGUUAGGAGGCGCGUUUACUUCGUACGUGAGGAGGAGGGGGGAACCCGAUGGUAGAACUGCUCUUCCAGGGGACAACAAGUUGACAAUGGACUCGAAAUUAGCUAAAAGGAAUACAUUAAGCAGACCUGGUGGAGGGGAAAGUGAUGCUGCUUUCACCCCGAGUCCCCCUAUAGUGCUGCAAAGUGACAACCAAAAUAUAGCAUUGUCACUGGCGCACCAAACUAGAAUAAGGAAUUUAUAUUCGCAAAACGAAUCCAAGGAGAAGAGACCGGACAGUUCGAGCAGCGCAAGCAGCGCCACAGAUUGGGACAACGGCCAUGCCACCGUACUAAGACGGCAAAACCAAAACCAGAUUCCUCCGUUGCCGCCUCCCCGCACAAAGCCGCUGGUGGACCUUCCGCUGUACAACAACCUGCCGGCGGGUCUGUUCGAGAACAGCUCGGACUCUGAGUUGGAGAAAAUGGAGGCGAAGCUGUUCUCCACUGCGAACAGACCGAAGAUAUCGUACAAGAAGUCCAGGAAUCAGAACGCCUUGUGCACGCUGGACAGGCUCAGCGUUAGAACGGAGUUCUUAGGCGCUAGCACUAGCAGCUUGCUGGCGGGAACGAGUCAAAGUGGUGGCAACGGUAGAAAAACCGUCACGCUACCGAGCGAAGAGACUUUGCCUACAAACGAACGACUGUUAUACUUCUCGCCCAAUGAGAUUAAAGACGCUUCGGCCAGCAAGUCUUGCGACAAUGAAGAGGUAACACAGGACUCGCAAAAGAGCGAAGCAAAAUCCGGCAACACUACGGCGUUACACGACACAAUUUUGGCCACGCAGUUCAGACAUAUGAACAGGGAGUUAACUCCGACAAUUUCCGAGGUUUACCACGAAAGAAAUAUUGGUUUAGGAUUGGCCCCGCCUCUGUCCAAACUGCUUUUAAACCAAUCUUCUUCGUCUGCGCCGAAAACCGACAAUUCGGUUUUGGAGAAGAUUACGUUAGGGAUUCUGAACGAUGAGGAUAUAAGUAAUGAGAUCAAGGGUAGCAAAUGCCAAAGGUGCGCGGAAAACUGUAACUGUAAAGCCCCGAAGUCCAAACCUUGGAUGACCGAGAAUGCCAGUGCGUUGCAGCAAAUACACAGUUCCGAUUUGACGACCGCCGAUAUUUUGGAGAGGGAGGUCAAAAAUAAGAAGGGGUUAAGAAUUGUGGAGGCGAGGCCGAAAGAAGACCACCAAGAACCCAAAAGACUGUCUCCUUUUUCCGAGAUGUCACGGAGAGAUGAGGGAGACGGUAGAAGUAUAGCGGAUUCAUAUUCGAGCUACAAAAACACGCAGUUUUUAACUUAUCAUCCCUCUUCUGAUAAGAGCAAACCUGCAAAGCCCAGCGCUAAAAUAAGAACGAUGCAAAGAAAAAAUAUGCCGAUAUAAACUGCACUGAUCAUUUUUUAUGGUCGACUUUAUAACUUUUGUAAUUGUAAGUAAAUUAUAAAAAUAUGUUGUCUCAAACGUGAAAAAAUGGAUUCAUACAAU